AAGAAAAACACACACAGUCACCGUCUCUCUUCGCUCUCCGUUUGGGCUGCUGCCGUUCCAUCGCAAGCUUUGAUUUCUUUAACCUUCUGCCGUCGUCAACCUCUUGGGCCUCCCCUCUGCUCUGCUCGGAAGCUCCGCAGGCCAUCCGAGCGAAGGAAAAGGAAGAAGCCGCCCUGCAUUGUGCGUGAAAGGUUCUUUCUUGGUGUGUAGAUUGAGGUCUCAACAACAACAAUGGUUUACAUAACCUCAUGGGAUGAGUUUGUCGAGAGAUCGGUUCAGUUGUUCCGGGCAGAUCCUGAAUCUACACGCUAUUGCGUAAAAUACCGUCACUGCGAGGGGAAGUUGGUUCUCAAGGUCACUGAUAAUCGGGAGUGCCUCAAGUUUAAGACAGACCAAGCACAGGAUGCUAAGAAGAUGGAGAAGCUUAACAACAUAUUCUUCACCUUGAUGGCUCGUGGCCCUGAUGCGGAUAUUUCUGACGUUGCGGGGAAAGAACAGGCAGAGGCACAGCCAACCAAGAAGGGAAGAGGAAGAAAGCAAUAGCUUCUUUUGUGAUUUGAGCAAGCUUGUUUUGGGAAGUUUUUUAAUGGAUGGAGGUCAAGUGCAUAGAUCCGUUAUGUUAUGAAAGGCGUAGGAUAGGAUGACUUAAGUUGCUUCGUACCAUAUUAUUGGAAAGAGCAGAAUCUGAAGUUCAUUUGACGGUUAGGCUAUCUCCCCCGUUUCUGUUAUUCGAGGUUUUGAUACCUGUGCGAACGUUAGAUCCGCACAUAGAAUGAUACUUGGGUCAUUCUCCGACUGGAUUGAUCUGAGUGAAUGAGACGCCACUAUUUGUUCGGGCUCAUUGGAAUUCCGGGCCGAUUAGUCAUCCAAAAACACAGGAUUGCAGCCAA